GAAACAAUAUUUUGUAUGGCAGUUGUGUUUGCUGUUUAUUUUUAUUAAUAUCAUAGAAACCUGCUUCAAUUUGGAAAUCUUAAUUGUACUUAAAUAGAUAUUGUUAUCAUAAUGUCAAAUGAAGACGUUUGGGAUGAUUUUGUAAAUUUACCUGCUGACCCUCCUGAAAUGCGCCAACUAUGUUUUUCGUGCGAACGACCUCAUAAUGUGUGCUGGUGUAAUUAUUUACCUGAAACAAGAUUAAAGCCAAAUUGUAAAAUUGUUCUAUUACAACAUCCAGCAGAAGAAAAAAGGAGUCUUCGUACUGCUCCUAUGUUAACAUUAGGAUUGACUGAAGGAAGUUGCGUUAUUUAUAAAGGAAAAAAAUUUCCUACAAAAAAACAUGUGGGACUAUGGGAUAUUCUUUCAUCCAAACACUCUGUAUUGUUGUACCUUUCUGAAAAAGCAAUUGACAUAGCUCAUUUACCUAAAGAAACAGAAAUUCAUAAUUUGAUUAUUCUUGAUGGUACUUGGCCCCAAGCCAAAGCCAUUUAUAAUAAUACUCAACUGCUCCAAUCAAUGACCCAUGUAAAAUUGAUGCAUAACUAUGAAAGUCAAUAUAUUAUCAGAUCACAACCAACUGAUGGAUGUCUUUCUACGUUAGAAACUGCUGUUGAAGCUUUAACAAUAUUAGAAAAUGACAAUUCUUAUAAAAAUAUGUUACUUAAACCUUUACAUGCUCUUUGUGAUUUUCAACUUCAACAUGGUGCAGUUACACAUCAGAGUAAAGAAUUUAAAAAACGAAAUCAAACUUAUCCGAAACUGAUAGGAAGACGUCUACGGCAAUAUUUAGAUAAUGAUAGUUGUUCAGAAUUAGUUAAUACAUAAUUAAAUGUAAUAAAUAUAAUUUCAUACUUU